ACGGAACUAUACUGAAGUGUCUCUUCAUAGGUGAAAACAGCACAGAAGAAGUUGCUAUCAGAGGAGUCAGUUCUAUGGUUGAUGUACUUAGUGGGUGAUACUGGUGUGAGAGAUCAUCCAUUCUUUGAGGAAGUAGACUGGCAGAAUCUGCUGAGAGAGAAGGCAGAGUUCUUCAUUCCCCAGCUCCAGGGAGAGGAGGACACCUCUUACUUUGACAGUCGAGAUGACCGCUAUACCCACGAGUUUGUCAGCGACGACGACGAAGAAGAUGGAGUUGACGCCAACAACGACCCUCUCCAGCAGUCGUUUGCCAACUUCAGCCAGGUGGCACCCCGGUUCUGCCAGAUGAUGGAGGAACUGCAGAGCUCUCUGUGUGACGAGACAGACCCCAGCCAACACCAGCACCAGCAGCUCCUGAAGAGUAAAAUGGUUCCCAUUCUGUCUGGAGAAGGCCCCAAACACGAACACAGAGACUCUGGAAUCUCUGCAGGUGAAACAACUAGUGUUGUGUCCUCCCAACCUCCAGUUCUGAGUGGGUCAUCGUCGACCACACCCACUCCGGUGGGCAGUGAGGAGGUAGUGCCGUCCUCUGGCCAGCCGACGGCGGCCGAGACUGUCAAGAUCCUCCGGGACUGCCACUGGUGUUGCCAACACUAGUACAACUACUGGUGGUGGUGGCAGGGAGAGGGCAGGAGACGCUGCACCAGAGGGAGAAGAAGAGGACAACAUUGUCACCACAAUUGAUGAGGUGAGUGAUGAGGAGCCAAUGUUGGACGAGGGAGAGAAGACCCCAGAGCCACUCCAACAGAUGCCCACCUCUCCCCCUCCCUCCAUCACCACCCACUCGUACACGGCUGCCUCGUGUCUCUCCCAGAGGAGGUCUGGUCUCGGCGACGACAUCUCUCAGAUCUCCAUCGCUGACAUCACUGUGUGUCCACCCACUCCUGGAGUGGUGGCGGGAGUUCAGGACAGUGGGUCCAGCAGCAGCGUGGCCGAGGCCAGUCCUCUCAGCAGCCCGCAGCACUCCCAGAUGGUCACCAGUACAUACGCAAUCAAGAGAGGUCCCAGUGGCUACGGCAUGAUCCUCAAGGCCAUUCGAGUCUACAUCGGACAGACCGACGAC